UUUUCAAAAGGAUCAUUUUAUCCGAAACCAAAACAUAGGGCCAUUUUUCAUGUUAAAAAAACUCCUCCACUUCUCUCCUCAACCUUCCGCCCGUCAACCUCCUUCCGAUCUCCUGCCUCUCUCUUCUCCGGCCACCAUUUCCAAGCACAGAUCACGCUACUCCUCCGAAGAACAACCAACAACCAAGCUCCUUCUGAUUUACCCGUUCCUGGCGCACCCUACGAAGUGACUCCUCUCCUGAAACCCACGAACGAGCGAAACACUCUAAAUUCCUUUCGAACUUAGCCUGUGGUGUUCGGUUUUGUGAAAUUGAACACAAUUAAAGAACUUCUGGCUUCCUUUUUUGAGUAAUCAUGUCAGGAAGGUCAAAUGGAUGCACCAUUUACAUUGGUAAUUUGGAUGAAAAAGUAAGUGACAGGGUUCUUUACGACAUUCUAAUCCAAGCUGGACGGGUUGUGGACUUGCACAUUCCUCGAGACAAGGAAUCUGGCAAGCCUAAGGGUUUUGCUUUUGCAGAGUAUGAAAGUGAGGAGAUUGCCAACUAUGCUGUUAAGCUUUUCUCUGGUCUCGUGAAUCUUCAUAAACGUACCUUGAAGUUUGCAGUAUCUGGGCAAGACAAGCCUUCACCUGGUAGCAAUGCAAUCACUUCAUCAUCGAGGUCGCAUGAAAUAUCUCAGUAUUCCAAUCGCUUUUCCCCAUCUUGCAGGUUUCCAACAUAUCCUGAGAACCAUCUUGAAGCUCUUCUUAACCCUGGUUUAGUUAACCAAUUUAAUGGGUAUGGAUCACAUUUGGAUAACUACAAUAAAGAAUACAGUCAGAGGUAUUCUGGGACAAAUUUGGAUAGCUUUAACCAACCUAAAUCACGCCGCCAUGAUUCGAGUUUUCCUGUAGAUUAUCCUCCUUACUAACUUUUGAACUAAUGCAGCCAGUGCCGUCCAUUGUGGUUAAUCUUAAUGAUAAUAUAAGUGUUAGGAAAAGUUGGACCUCUUAGAUGGUUGUAGAUGGUUUGGAGGAAAAUGAUGCGAUAUUUGGCUAUUUGCUACGGUGCCUGCUAGCUUAUGUUAUUGAAUACGUUGUCAUUUUGCCAGGAUUAUGUGUUCAUAUGAUUUGGCUAUGUUGUUGUAAACUUAUAGUUGAUACCCUAACUAAGUAUUGUAACCUAUUUGAUUAAAUAUUCAGAUUUUCUAUAAUUCAUGUUUAAUGUUAUUAUAAACGAUAUUUCCAAGGUGACUGAAAAAGUUUGUGUA